AACAUCAGCUGAAAUCAUCAUUACUGUACUAGGGAAAUUGUUUUCAACUAAAAGUUAUUCAUUGGAAUAGUGUUAAUACAAAAUGGAAAAGAUAAUUAUACCCGCACUGCCCGUUCAAAUAUAAAAGACCGCACGACCUCGAUGGAAAUACUGUAACUUCGCUUGAAAUUGUUAUACGUUUGAAGAAAUUAAGACAGAAAGAAAUAUAUACGCCGGCUUGUCAGAGUUAAUCGAUAUAAAGCUACAAGUACAAACAUGUUUGUAUACUGUGUUUUGUAGUAGUUUUAUGGAAUGGGUAGCUGGUAGCUGCUUGGAUGUGAGAUUAAGGAGAUGAAUGUAACUACAGUUCUUGUAACUAGCGAUAUUUUGUAACUUACUUGUAAUAAAUUAGGAACUGGUAUAUAUUGAUUUAGAUAGCAUGUGAUUUGAGGUAUUCCCCGUAAAGAUGGCAAGUAGCCAAAGUCAUUUACUGGGGCUUGAAGGAAGGACGGUGCAACUAAUUUUGUGUGUGAGUACAUCAGUGAGACGAGCAGUUUCAUUAUUGCUUGUCAUUUAUAUAACUGUUGAACACCCGUUAGGAUUUAUUUGAUCUAGCAUUUACUGUAGUUCGUGGGCUACUGAAAGAAGUGACAUACUACAAGAACAAAAUGAGUCAGGGAGCAGGAGAUGCCGUUCCUCGCAUCUUAUUAAAAGAGGUUCCGAAAGGUGCAAAGAUAAUUGAUAUAUAUUGGGGACUUCAGAAAUUCGGUACUAUUACGUACAUUGGACUUGGCAAUGACAAUGCUGUAAUAGAGUUUGCAGACAGGAUCUCAGUUGGUAAAGUACUGUCGAGCCACCCAGUUCGAGUGAAAACUAAUACAGUGCGUGCUUCACAUGAGCCCGAAUGGAAGUCCAUUUCGGGACUGGUCAGCGUGCACGAGACAUUUACAGUAGAUCCAGACAUAAAGGCAGUCUUGAAGAAUGAGGACUCUUUUAACCAGAAAAUUGCCGAUCUGGUUAGUAUGGCUGAUAAAUUGACUUUGGACUUUGAUGAUGACAUCGAUGAUGGUGUCGGCAGUCGGGAACGUCAUCCGGUGUGUGCCGUGCUAGAGAGGAUACUUCCUGAUGAGUUAGUUCCCAAUGUGAGAGUGUACCCGUUUGGCUCUCGUGUCUCCGGUACUGCUCUGGAGACAAGUGACCUCGACAUCUUCAUAGACUGUGGUGACACGUUCUACGGCGAGUAUGUCCCGAACGUGGAGGAGCUGGUGUCCAUUGUGCAGACCGUGAAACGACAGCUAGCUAAGGCGUGGCCCGAGUUCAACCACGUGACGGCCAUUCCCAGGGCACGUGUGCCCAUCGUCAAGUUCCUCCACUGUCCCAGCAACACGCGCUGUGAUGCAGCCUUCACGAAUGGCAUCGGUUGCCGCAAUGCUCGGCUGUUGAGAUUUGUGUUGUCCCUGGACAGCCGCAUUCGGCCCCUCCUGUUGUUCCUGAAGCGCUGGGUUUACAGCAUAGACUUGACGCCGGUAGCCAGGAACUCGCCGAGACCGGAGCUGACAUCCCAUGCUCUUGCUAUGGUCACCUUCACCUUCCUACAGACGGUGAAGCCUCCCAUCCUGCCUCCCAUAAAGGAUAUGAAGGAAGCUGCGGACUACAGCAUCAAGGUUGCAGGUUGGGAAACCGCAUUUUGCAACAACAGUGAACAGUUUCGCAUCACAGAUCCCCACGACAGGCGAUCUGUCCGUGAACUGCUGCUGGGCUUCCUGCAGUGCUUCCAGCGGAUCGACUGGCAGAAGAUGGCGGCAUCUCCGCUGGAUGGAGCGUUUUUGCCCCGCCAGUCGGUGCCGCGCAUUGUGCCUACGAAAUCUGCAGCGAUGGUGGUUCUCGACCCGUUCAACCUGAGUCGAAACCUGACCGUGAACGUCAGUGACGUGGCACUGUGUCGACUCUGCGCAACUUGUGCAGUGACAGAGAGGGAGAUGACAUCUCGCUGAUGGCAGGUGCAGCACCAGUGACUUCCAAUUUUUUUUGGUCAAGCCGAGCACCAAAGCAACUUGUGACUGUGUGAUACUUCAUUUAUCUUCCAGCUACAGUAGCAUAUAAUCUACCCUAACCACUUCUGGUUUUGCACGUAAUAUGUAAAGCAGCAUAUGGUAUUGAAACAUAUCUGUACUCAUGAUAAUAUAUUAAUUUAUUUAAGGCACUAUACUUGAUGCACAAAAGUGUCUAUUGUGAUUUUGCUAAUUGCAUUAGUAGAGCUUAAAUUAUGGCAGUAUUCAGCCAUUAAUAGUUUGAGCAAACAACCACAAUAUUUUAGUAUGAAGUUUGUGCAUAUGACAGUGAAGACGACAAAGAAAAUGUAUAAUAUGUUUUGUUGACUUAGGACACUGCACAGUAAAUUAUGUUAGUUGAUUCUGUUUGUAUAUAUGGUCAUGUCUUAUCUUUUAAGUUUUCCAUUGGUUAAUAUCAAAAUUGUUAAAAUGUUGCUGGAAGAAAAUAAUGUAAUUCUGCAAUUAGUCUCAUAAAAGUUACUGCCCAACAUAAAGCUUGGUUUUUUGGAGAAACUGAACUUUUUAUGGCAGUGUUGAAUCUUUUCAUUUUGGGAAAGGUUAUGUACAUAUGUAUAGAACAGGAAUCUCAUAGAAAGGAAGAUGAAUUUAAAAAAAAAAAAAUAAAAAUGUAUGUCAAGUUCUAUGUUAUUGCAGGAGAAAAUGAAUCUGAAGUGUUGCAGUUAAGUUUUCUUUUUUCAAAGUUUUGUAACAUUU